AUGUCCCUGAGCAAGCAUUCCCUGCAAGAGGACGAGGUGCGCUCCGUCGCGCCGAGUGCGCCGAGCGUGCGCGCCCCGUCCUCGAGCGCAGGCGUGCCCUACCGCAACAGGGCGUGGACGCAGCUAUGGCUCGUCAGCUUCUGCUGCUUCUGCCUGCCGGGCAUGUACAAUGCUAUCCAGGGGCUGGGCGGCAGCGGACAGCUCGACCCGACCGUCGGCGCGAACAGCAGCGUCGCCCUUCUGUCUGUUGGCGCAGCCACGGGCUUGCUGGUCGGUCAGCCCAUGUAUGACCUUCUCGGAAACCGGUGCAUGGCCCUCGGCGCUUGGACGUAUCCGCUGUACACGGCGAGCCUGCUCGCCUACUCCCACGGGUGUGCCAAGGACGGCGCAUUCGUGAUUGUCUCUGGAGCAGUGCUUGGACUCGGCGCGACGCUGCUCUGGGUCACGCAGGGCGCGGUCAUGCUCAGCUAUCCGCUUGCGGGACAGAAGGGGCGAAGCAUCGCGGGUUUCUGGGUCGUGUUCAACCUUGGCGGAGCGAUCGGAAGCUUCAUCAGCCUGGGACUGAACUACAACCGCCGCCACGCCGGUACAGUCAGCGACGGGACAUAUAUCGCCUUCAUGGUGAUCAUGGUGUUUGGGUGGUGUCUGUCCGCGUUCCUCCUCCCACCCCACCUCGUGAUACGGACCGACGGCAGCCGCGCCGCGCCCCUCCCGGCCUCCCAUGUCUCCCACCCCUCCUCCCUCUCCUCCCUUUCCCCGCCUACAGUGACCUCGCGCCUGCGGCACUGCUACGCCGUCUUCGCCUCGACGGCACGGCGCGAGCUGGCCCAGAUAGCCAAGCUGCGGCACGAGCCGCGUCUCCUCUUCCUCCUCCCGCUCUGCUUCGGGGCAAACUUUUUCUACUCGUACCAGCAAAACAUCGUGAACGGCGGCUCAUUCACGCUGCGCUCUCGAUCCCUCAAUUCAGCGCUGUACUGGGGCGCGCAGAUGCUGGGCGGCGUCCUGAUCGGCUUACUGCUCGACCUGCCACCCGUGUCGCGGCGCGGGCGCGCGCUGCUAGGUUGGUGUGCCGUCUUCAUCCUGGGCAAUGUGGCCAUGGGCGGCGGGCUAGCGUACCAGCGCUGGUUUGAGGCGGAGGCGCACCGCCGGCAGAAGCUGCGCUUCAUCGACUUUUCGGAUGCGCGGACGUUCGCAGGCCCCUGCGUCCUGUACAUAACCUACGGGGCGCUCGACGCGGCCUGGCAGGGGCUCGCGUACUGGCUCCUCGGGGCCAUGUGCGACCGGCCCCGGGACGCGGCAAGGUUCGUCGGCGUGUAUAAAAGCUUGCAGUGCGUCGGCGGCGCGGUCGCGUUCAGACUCACGGCGAGCCAUGUCGCGCCCAUGCGCCAGUUUGCUGCCAACUGGGGCGUCAUCGCUGGCGCACUGUUGUUCGCCCUGCCUGCUGUUUGCAGGAUUACGGAGCCCGAGGACGAGGAAGAGUUCGAGGCGGCUCAGGUGCAGGUCAAUCACGUGUCGGAGCUGGCGCAGGCGCAGGUCGCGCCGCAGACACAGACGCAAGUCGAGCGGAAGGAUGGUCAGUAG